UGGGGGAAGGCCAAGUUGGGGUUUGGCUGACCCAUCGUGAUUGGGCGGCGCCGAUCUCUCCCAGCCAAGACGGAACGCCACCCACUGCAGAGGACGCCUGCCCAGCCCUCGAGUGCAAAGGCCAAGCCGAAGCAUCAGCAGCAGCGCCAUCCCCCGCCACCAGUCUCUGAUGAUCUUCUUCAUCGGCUUGGCUCAAGCCAACAAACAAUGGACGAUGCCAAGACAGACGAACGAAUAUAUUAAUAACACCUGCUCAGAAAAAAAAGGAGUAUUACCUGUAUCUCGGUAAGCAACACGAUGCAUCAGGGAGCUGCAAACAAACACCAUAUGGAGACUGGACCUUUUCUCCAUCCCCAUCCUUUUUGGGGUCAGGGUAGUAUUCGCCUGCAGUAGCUUCGCCACGGCCUUCUUUAUCCACUGGAAGCAGGCCGGUUAGAGCAAAUUAGCGUCGCUUCGCCCAAGCUCCGCGCCUCUUUGGCCUUGUUAAGCCACCUGAAGUCGACAUGAAGAGCAAGGUUAUGGGCGAACGCCGUCGUAAACUAAAGCUGCGCACAGGCCGGAGCGGGGCGUAACCACGGACAAAAGAACCUUUGGGUUAUAGCUGGUGUGCUGCUCAUGACAGCUGCUAAAUGACCGAUAGUCGGAUUGUGGCCGCCGCUAAGUGCUGCUGCUGCUGCUGCCGCCAUUACCGAUGCGAAAUGAAUUAUGCCGUGCAUGGACUAGCUGCCGACCCCGAAUGGUAUAUAACAUCUCUCCCCGCCUCUCAGUGCAACGUCCCCCAACUUCUCCAACGAGAUCAGCAAGCUUGGUCCCUGAAUAUCAUUCUUUUGCUAGUUCUUGAUUGUCACCAUGAAGACUGCUGCCGUCCUCCUCGCUGGCCUUGCCGCCUCCGGCAUGGCCAUGCCUUCCGACUCCCACCGAGUUCAUGAGACCCGCGAUACUGUGCGCGGCGCUCGCUUCGACAAGCGCGACGCCGUUGCUGCUACCGCCAACAUGCCUCUCCGCAUUGCCCUGAAGCAGAGCAACCUUGACAAGGCCGCUGCCAUGCUCCUUGACAUCUCUACCCCCGGCUCGCCCAACUACGGCAAGCAUCUCAGCCGCAAGGAGGCUGCGGCGCUCUUUGCUGUUGAGGACAAGUCCAUUGACACCAUCAAGCAAUGGCUCGUCAAGUCUGGCGUCGAUGCCAAGGCCAUCUCCGUCAACCCCACCAAAACGUGGAUGACUGUCAAUGCUCCUGUCCAGCAGCUUGAGAAGAUGCUCAAGACUAGAUACCACACUUACCGCAACGUCAUUUCUGGCGCCGACCACGUCGGUACCGACCAGUACAGUCUGCCCAAGGAGGUCUCUGAGAUUGUCGACUUUGUCGUUCCCGGAGUCAACCUGGCCAAGGUCAAGACUCGCGCUGCCCCACCUCCCAAGGGCAAGACUCCCUUUGCCGCCAUCUGGGAGGGUCUCCGUGAUCUCACUGCGGAGCAGCAGCAGAUUGUCGUGAAUGCCAGUAGGUCUGCUCGCAAGGGAUGCAAGAAGCCAAGUACUGACAACAACGGCACAGCUUCGUUGGACCACUGCGAUACAAUUAUCACCCCCGCCUGUAUCCAGGCCAUCUACGGUAUCCCCAAGGGCGUGCAGUCCAACAUUACCAACCCCAUGGGCUUCUUCGAGUCCAUCAACGAUGUCUACUCUCAGGAAGAUCUCGAUCUCUUCUGGAAGACUGCCGCGCCCUACGUCCCCCAGGGCACUGGCCCCGACCUGGAUCUCAUCAACGGAGCCACUGCCCCCAACCCACCUGAGAGAGCUGGUGGCGAGUCCGACCUCGACUUCCAGAUGGCCAUCCCCAUCAUCUACCCCGAGACCACUGUCCUCUUCCAGACUGCCGGCGGCGGCUCCGAUGACAUCUUUGGCGACUACCUUGCCGCUGUCGACCCCGACUUCUGCCCUCUUGACCCCAACUUGAACCCCCACAAGAUGUGCGGCGUCUUCCAGCCUACCAACGUUGUCUCCAUCUCCUACGGCGGCCCCGAGGACCCUAGCGAUGUGGCUGGCUCCAAGCGUCUCUGCAACGAAUUCAUGAAGCUUGGCCUUAUUGGCAUCACCACUGUUGCCUCCUCGGGCGACUCUGGUGUUGCUGACGCCGGUAACUACUGCUACGGCCCUCACCAUGACAUCUUUGUCCCCGACGAUCUCGGCAGCUGUCCCUACAUUACCUCUGUCGGCGCCACUACUCUCCCUGCUGGCUCCAAGGUUGGCGAUCCCGAAAUUGCUGUCAACUCGUACUCUGGCGGUGGCGGCUUCUCCAACAUCUUCCCCCGUCCCUCGUGGCAGAACGGUGCCGUUGGCAACUAUCUGCUCCGCCACAACCCCAACUACUUUGCCUACAAUACCUCGGACGGUGUCAUUCCCCCCAACUCGGGUAUCUACAACCGCGGUGGGCGUGCUUACCCCGAUAUCUCCGCUCUUGGUGACAACGGUCUCGUUGCCUACCGCGGCAAGCUUGGCCUUUCUGGCGGUACCUCCAUGUCUGCCCCCAUCAUUGGUGCCAUCUUCACCCGUAUCAACGAGCAGCGUCUGUCCCUGGGCAAGGGCCCCAUCGGCUGGGUCAACCCUGCCCUGUACGGUGCGUACGACAAGAUCCGCAGCAAGGACUUUGUUGGCUUCUUCCACGAUGUUACUGUCGGCAACCAGUACCUCGGUGGUGUUGCUGGUGACCGUGGCUACAGCGCCUGCGGCAACGUUGGCUUCUCUUGUGUUCAGGGCUGGGAUCCCGUUACCGGUCUCGGCACUCCCAACUACCCCAUGUGGGAAAAGUACUUUGUUUCUCUUUAAGCGUUUACAAGUGAGAGGGCCACCCUUUUUUUCAAUGUAUAUUCUUUUGGAAAUGACGUCUUUGAAACGCGGUAUAUGGAAGAAACCUAAUGUAAAUAAUAUACGAUUGAUUUAUACGUCAUAUGCGCCAUUUUGUCUCAUAAUAUCCAUGUACGGUAAUAUUUACAUAGAUAGCAACCAAAUGACUUUCCCUGCCAAGC